CAAUGACUGCAUUAAUCCUGCGCAUUCAAUUCAGCAGCCUGGAGGCGACAGCCCCGUCCCAGGCCAGGUCUAGACAAGUCCGUGAUAUACCAUAUUACCGAGUCCAGCUGGUCAGCUGACAGCUGUGCAAAGCAUCCUUGAGAAAGGGCCGAGCAGUGGAGACAUCAUUAAUUGUGCUCCAUCCGUCGUUGACCUGUUGUUAACGUUGUUUACUUGAGGAGGUGCAACUUUAGGCUUAGCGACGUGGGUCUUCCGUAAGUACUGCUAUGCGGCAUGAUUAAUGGGCCUUGGGACAGAGGAGGACCUUGCAGGCAGGAUGACCAGCGGACUUUAAGUUUGGAGUGGUGUUCCCCUUCUUGCAGCUGCCUUGAGUUUCCAAGGGAGGAUAGGCUUUCUUGGAGAGGUCCUUGCGUGUGGUAACCAAGCAGGCAUUUUUUCAGCACUGUCCAAAAAGAAAAGACAACUGAGCAUCUUGGUUCUGGAGGUCUGCUUACCCCCAGCAACCUCCUAACAAGAUGGAACAAAGAGCGCGUUGCUUGCGGGCACGAGUGUGUUGGGGGCGCUGGACCACCUGGUUGAGUUUCCUUGUGCUGCUAGCAGGGCACACCGGUGCCUCCGUAGCAGCUGGCAGAACAGACCAUCCUUCGGAGGUGACCGCUUUAACCGCUACAGACAGCCUGCCCGCCAAAGUAUAUGCUACGUCAAAGUUGGACUCGCCGCCUACCCUGAGGCUGCUGGGAUGGCGGCGCAUUCUCACGGAUUCGGCGCCCUCGCUCUUUGUCGACAACAAGCAGUCCACCAAGAAGCGCGCGUUGUUCUGGAGCCUCACCUUCUUCUUCUCCAUGACGCCCUUCAUCUGCGCCUGCUACGGCCUCUGCAGCGUCCUCUGCUGCAAGCGCCACCGCCGCCGCCAGCUGGCGCUCCGCCAGCAGCGGGAGGCCGUGCUCGCGGCAGAGGCCGCAACGCAGACUACCCCGCCAGAGACUGUAGUAACCGUCCGCUUUUCGGACCUCGAGCUUGGCACGUUCGAGGACCUUACCGGUUUACCCCGUUUGAACGACGAGUGUCCUAUCUGCCUGAGGGAGUUCGGCGACGACGAGAAAGUGCGGCAACUGCCUGCAUGUCGCCACUCCUUCCACCCCGAGUGUAUAGCGGAGUGGGUCGCCAAGCACAACACGUGCCCCCUCUGCCGGACGCUGCUUCUGCCCCCACUGCCGCCCGAGGGGCCUGCGGACGCCCGAACACAUCCCGAACGCCCAAGUUCGGCAGUGUGAACGGGCCGUCGCUCGUAUCUAUGCACUGAAUCAGGUGGAUUCUCUGAGCAUGGGGUGUGCUCGAAACUUGUUUCCGCAAAAGUUCCCAGUCGGAAGCGGGGUGUUGCAAAGAAGCAUGCGCUGAGCUGCGCCAGCGCUUGACUAGGUACGGGUAGAAGACCUUAUAAGGUGUUCUUGCCGAAGCUCAGGUUGGUGUAUAGACUCCGGACUUUUAAAGAUUUGUUCGUGUUGGGUAACUUGUAAGUAGGAGUGAUCUGCAGGCGGCAGUCGCAUGUAUCAUUGAUCUUGUAGCCACUCUAAUUAGAAGCAGCAAAGUUGUACGAAAGUAGGUAGGGAACGUUCAAGCACAAGCUGCCGGCUGCGCCAGGUCAUAGUCGCAGUGCUGAGCUGGGGAGAUCGCAUACAGAUCUAUAUGCGGACCUUGUGCAACAACACUAAACUUAUAGAGUAGUUUGUCAAUGCCUUCCAAACAAACGUCUAUGCCCAAGCAAUCAAGAAUCUGGUUUGACUUUUAAGAGAACGUCAGAAGAUGGGGUCUAACAUAGUGGUGCAGGAUUAGAGUGUUCUCCCUGAUAUCGAUUGUUUUGCGCAUCUUUUGACCUCAGAGUAAACAUAGGCAGCAUCGUCCCAAUGUAUACAAUCGAAGCUCGUUUCAUCGUUUUACAAACUCAGGCUAGCAAGCA